AAAAUGACUUUUGUCACUGAUGUUGGCAUUCAUCAUUCCGUGGUAUGGUUUCUGUUAAUGUGCAGUGGUAUUUCAACGAAAGUACUAGCUUUGGAGUAUCCAAAAAUUACGGAACAUCCGCUAGACGUCAUUGUAACUCGUCACGACCCAGCAACACUCAACUGUAAAGCGGAAGGCGUCCCGACACCAACAAUCACUUGGUUUAAAGAUGGUGAACCGAUUAAAGCCGAACCGGGGACUCAUAAAAUGCUGCUGCCCGCAGGAGGUUUAUUUUUUCUGAGGGUCGUGCACUCACGUCGUGAGACUGAUGCGGGUGUUUACUGGUGCGAAGCGACGAACGAACUUGGUGCUGCCAGGAGUCACAAUGCAACGCUUCAAGUAUCAGUUCUCAGGGAAGAGUUUCGCCUAGAACCACAGAAUACACGAGUAGCGCAGGGUGAAACGGUUCUGCUGGAAUGUGGACCACCGAGAGGCUCACCGGAACCAACAGUUUUCUGGCGCAAAAACGGACAAACUUUGGAUCUCUCCAGCUCCAAACGCAUCCGUAUCGUGGACGGUGGCAAUCUGGCUAUUCAAGAUGCUCGCCAAUCCGACGACGGUCGUUAUCAGUGUGUGGCGAAGAAUAUAGUAGGAGUGCGCGAAUCCACCGUUGCCUUUCUGCGAGUCCACGUGAAACCAUUUCUAAUACGUGGGCCCCAGGAUCAGACUGUUGUUGCCGGCAGCUCAGUAGUGUUCCAAUGUCGGGUUGGAGGUGAACCAUUGCCAGAUGUUCUGUGGAGGCGAUCCGCUUCCGGAGGCAACAUGCCGCUCGAACGAGUCCGAGUGCUAGAGGACAGAAGUUUACGAAUAGAUGACAUCACAAUCGAAGAUAUGGGCGAAUACAGCUGCGAGGCGGACAAUGCUGUCGGAUCUAUCACCGCAUCCGGUACAUUGGUGGUGCAUUCACCUCCCAGUUUUCUGGUACGGCCCAAAAAUCUGCUUAUCGAGCCAGGAUCUGAAGCAUUAUUCGAAUGUCAGGCAACCGGACACCCAUACCCAACGCUUUUCUGGUCGGUGGAAGGCAACCGUACGCUGCUACUGCCGGGAAACCGGAUGGAUAACUUAGAGGUUACACAGAAUGCGGACGGUACCAGUGUGCUCUCCAUUACCCAAAUCGGUCGCAUGGACAAUGGUAAAGUGAUCGUAUGCAGUGCCGUCAACAGUGUCGGCAGCGUGAGCACGCGCGUUGUGUUGAGUGUAAAUCUUCAAGAUGAUCGGCCACCGCCACUAAUUCUGCAGGGUCCGUCCAAUCAAACGUUGCCCAUCAAAUCCGUUGCCAUCUUGCCGUGUAAGGCGAGUGGCGUUCCUUCGCCGGUCAUCUCGUGGUACAAAGACGGAAUACCGGUAUUAGCUACGGAGAAGAUAAACAUUACCGAAUCAGGAACGUUGUCCAUUGCUGAGUUGAGCAAAAUCGAUGACAGCGGGCUGUACACCUGCGUCGCUAGCAGCAAAUCAGGCAAAACUACCUGGAGCGCACUGCUUCGGGUUGAUGUUCCAACUAAUCCAAACAUCAAAUUCUAUCGUGCACCAGAAGCAUCUGCUUUCCCUGGACCACCGGGUAAGCCACAGGUAACGAACAUUACCGAAAGUUCAAUCACAAUCUCUUGGGCAAGAAGUAGCAAAGUCGGUGCAUCAAGCCUGGUCGGCUAUGCAGUGGAACUGUUUGGACGUAACCAAACCGAAGGCUGGUUUCAGGUUGCAAAUCGUCUUCAAAACAAUAUCUACACACAGACCGGACUCAGCGCCGGCGUGACAUACUACUUCGUGGUGCGUGCCGAAAAUUCCCACGGUAUUUCAUUGCCAAGUCCACUUUCGGAACCUAUUCUGCUAGGAAUGGUGAGACAGCCGCAUUGCAUGGGUUUCGUUUUUUUCCCCCCCUUAUCUUACCUUGAUUUAACUUUUCAGAACGACAUUUUUGGUACUGGCAUCGACAUGAGUGAAGCGAGGGCAAGUUUACUCUCGGGAGAUGUAGUAGAGCUCGUUAAUGCAACCGCAAUUGAUUCCACCUCAAUGAAGCUAGUGUGGGAGAUUAUCAAUGGGAAGUAUGUGGAAGGAUUUUACAUUUACUCACGAGACACAACGCACUCCGAUCGUGCAACCGGAGGACAAUCGUACAAAAUGAUGACCGUUUUGAAUGCUGGUGCAUCUUCGUGUACCAUGACGGGGCUAGAUAAGUACACGGAGUACGAGUUCUUUGUAGUGCCGUUUUACAAAACGGUUGAAGGGAAACCAUCUAACUACCGUCUAGCAAGAACACUUGAGGAUGUUCCAUCGGAACCACCUUAUGGCAUGGAAGCUUUGCUGUUGAAUUCAUCUGCGGUGUACCUGAAGUGGAAAGCCCCGGCUGCAAUAGCACAGAAUGGCAUUCUACGAACUUACAACAUUAUCGUACGUGGAGUUGAUUUGCGUACAAACUACUCAAAAGUGCUUAGCAAUGUAACGAUAGAGGCCACCUCGUCAACACUGCUGCUUGCAAACCUGACCGAAGGUGUUACGUACACGGUCAGCAUAGCCGCUGCCACUUCUGCCGGUAUGGGACCGUUCAGCAAUCCUGCAACUUUGCGGCUCGACCCAGUCACCAAACAACUUGAUCAAACAUCUCACCGAUACCCGAUUAAUCAUAACAAUAUGGACGACAUCCUCACGCAGCCCUGGUUUAUUGCGGUACUUGGUUGCAUACUAGUGCUCAUGAUGCUUUCGUUCGGUGCAAUGGUGUUUGUGAAACGUAAACACAUGAUGAUGAAACAGUCAGCACUUGCCGCUUUACGGGCUCAUCCCACUGGUGGUGUCGUUAAGAUACCUCGGAACGAUAGCCUUUGGAUGAAUCCCUCGAGUAUGGUGUGGGGAUAUCAGACAGCAGGAAGAAACAAGGACCACAUACAGGACUACGCACCAGUAGGCACGACUUCCACGCUACCGUUAGAUCAACAACAUCAACAAACCAUGCUGCAUGACAAUCGUUCUCGCUACGUUGAGUACACUGACUAUCCAAGCGAUUAUGCUGAGGUAUCGACCUUCAAUCCGUUACCACACGAUGGAGCGAACCAUCUUACGUCGCAACAGUGCGGUAGCAGGGCACCGAGUGAGUACAGUUCAGGCGGAACUCGGUCGCCUGCACCUUACGCUACAACCACACUGAUUGGAAAUGCGAGAUUUAUUACUGCUGCGGGAGGUGCAACUGGUAAUGAUAGUCACCUGCAUCACCUGGUACCAUCAACGACGGCCGGCAAUAUGUAUUUCGACGGUGAUGCCUAUUCGGGUGGUUCGAUCACACGCGCACCGUCGGACAAUGACAGUGCGGGGUAUGGUCGGAACGUUUGCUCCGAAACAUAUUUCAAUCCGAAAGAGAAAAUUAAUAUUACCGAGAACAAGCUGGCAUCUCAUACGAUAUCCUUGCUAGCGGCUAGUAACGCAUCAGUGAGCGGCGGAUAUCAUCACCUAGUGCCGAGUCAGAACGGAAGCUCGAACGGCCAGAGUAGUGGUGCCAACAGUGCCUAUAGUGCCAGCAGUGGCAGCAGUAAUAGCAGCAACGGUACUGACGCUGGAACCAUCCACGGUCGACCGGGUGGCUCCACUCAACCACUCCCUUCUUCGACGCAGAUGCCGAGGACACUGAGAAAUGGUUCCAAUAAAACGCGUUUUAAGCUCUCCCGAACACCGAUCGUAAGCAGUUUGCGGUCCACGUCGAAGCAAGAUACGGGAUUAAGCGAGAGUAGCAAUCAGCCAUUCCCGCACCAGGAGCAGCAGAAGAAAAUGUCCUCGCUCAACAAUUUGGGACAAAAGCAGCAGUUUUAUAUUAAAGUAGGUGAAACGGGAGUGCCGGGUAGUACAAACAGUUGGAACCACUCAACAGCUAGUGCAAUGACCAUGGCUAACCUGUACCAAAACACUCACGCCACCAUGCCGCCCGGUGCUCAUGGUGACGAUACAAAUGUGGUUGUCUACCUGCCCACCGGAAACCGCAGCGUCAUUAGCUAUCGUGCCGGUUCAGAGAUGGGAGACGAUGUGUGAAGCUGGUGGAGCAGUGAUUAUUUACAAUAAUUUAUUCUAAAACGGCAAUUAUGUGCAGGACCUGCAUGAGAAAAAAGCUGACUGACGGUAAACGUAAUCUCAGUGCCAUCAUCUCAUUACGUACUGAAACCGUACUGAGGGCGAGCGUCGUUCCUAGUUCCUAGUUUGUAAGAAGAUUCAAUGUUGUACCUAUUAGUGUAGGAUAAACGAAUAAGAAGAAAAAGCGCCAGA